AUGAAGAUAACGUUAUGGGAGGAGGAGGAGAAAGAUGCUGCUGCUGCCGUUCCUGCUGCCGCUGCUGCUGCUGCUGCUGCUGCUGCUGCUGCUGCUGCUGCUGCUGCUGCUGCUGCUGCUGCUGCUGCUGCUGCUGCUGCUGCUGCUGCUGCUGCUGCUGCUGCUGCUGCUGCUGCUGCUGCUGCUGCUGCUGCUGCUGCUGCUGCUGCUGCUGCUGCUGCUGCUGCUGCUGCUGCUGCUGCUGCUGCUGCUGCUGCUGCUGCUGCUGCUGCUGCUGCUGCUGCUGCUGCUGCUGCUGCUGCUGCUGCUGCUGCUGCUGCUGCUGCUGCUGCUGCUGCUGCUGCUGCUGCUGCUGCUGCUGCUGCUGCUGCUGCUGCUGCUGCUGCUGCUGCUGCUGUGGCUGCUGCUGCUGCUGUGGCUGCUGCUGCUGCUGUGGCUGCUGCUGCUGCUGUGGCUGCUGCUGCUGCUGCGGCUGCUGCUGCUGCUGCUCACCGUUACCAACCUAUGGGGAAUAGCAGUCAUUAA